GUGAAAUGCGACAGGGACAGACCGAAACUCGUGGCGAUAAAAAGGGACGAGAGAAGAACCACCGGUUCGUAUUUAAGCCCGAACACCCAUCGCUAAAACCCCAAGAAAAGAGAGCACCAAUACUCCGUCUCAAUCUCUGAAUCUCGUCUACGUUCACUCCCCUCCUCCUCCUCCUCCCGCCAGCUCGCCAUUGCAAGAACCCAGAUCUCCAUCUCGAACGAUUUCGAGCUUUCGAUCCGUUUCCGCCUUGUGGUCGACGACCCGGUUGUUUCGCGAAUACCACCAUGAAGAGGAGCUUCGAUCUAGAGCUGCGGCUCCAGCCGCACUCCGUCACCGACUUCCUGGCGGCGUCGGAGCCGGCGCCGUCGUCGUCCUCGUCGGGAUCUGCCGAGUGCUCGCUCGAGGAGCAGCGGAAGCUGACCAUAUUCUACGACGGCAAGGUCUGCGCCUCCACCGUCACUGAGCUGCAGGCUAGAGCGAUAAUUCUGCUUGCAAACAGAGAGAUGGAGGAGAGGAGCAGCAAGACUCCGACCGGCUCGGAGCCCUCAACGCCGAGCGUGCGGUCGCAGCCCUCGACGCCCAAUUUGCAGGCGCAGGUCUACAGCUCCACGGGCCUCUCCAUGAAGAGAUCACUGCAGAGAUUCCUGCAGAAGCGGCAGCACCGGAGCCAAGCCACCUCUCCUUAUUAUCACCAUUAUUAGUUCUUGAUUCAGUUCGAUUUUUUUCUUUUUCUUUCUUGAGAGAGAUCUGUGCAUUGGUAUGGUUGUUGGGCUACUUUGAUAAAGAUAUAUUCUUGAUUGACUAACUUUAAUAUGGUGUAAAAAAGUUGCGAUUCAAAGGUGUCGUGUUGCUCA